AUGACACUGGUGUCUGUAUAUGUUAUUGGUGUUAAACGGACAUGGGAGCGUCUCAAAUUGGAAUUUGAUCGUCAUACUGAUGAGCUUUCGAGCCAAACUGCUCGAUAUUAUCAAACCUUAUAUGCUGGUCCUAAACUUUUCGGUGUAGAUGAAAAUGACGUACUGUAUUAUCAUGAUAAAGAACAAUGGAUUCCGUAUGAUAGUGUCAGAAAUGUCACAUAUUCAUAUGAUCCAGAUUUUUUCGAUGAUAAUGAAUGUGAUGAUGUUCAUCCAUCAUCAUUGAAUUUGAAUUAUGAACAAACAAUCAAUGAAAGACGAGUAAACUUACUUUGUCUAAUAAUUCGAAUUGGUGUGGAGUUUUAG